AUGGCAGAUAAUGAACAAAAAGCAAUGCAACUGAUAGCGGAGGCAGAAAAGAAGCUCAGUACAUCCAAAUCUUUUCUUGGAUCCUUAUUCGGGGGCUCAUCGAAGGUUGAAGAAGCUGUAGAUUGCUACCUCAGAGCAGCAAAUUUGUUCAAGAUGGCUAAGAAGUGGGCUCAAGCUGGGCAGGCGUUCUGCAGUGCUGCCCAGCUUCACCUUAAAGCUGGUGUCCGCCAUGAUGCUGCCACAAACUUUGUAGAUGCUUCUAAUUGUUAUAAGAAAUGUGAUCCUAAUGAAGCGGUAUCUUGUCUUCUUAAAGCUAUUGAGAUUUACACUGAUAUGGGACGCUUUACUGUAGCCGCUAAACAACAUCAAAACAUAGCAGAACUUUACGAGACCGAGUGUGUAGACCUUGGUCGUGCUAUGCAACAUUACGAGCAAGCAGCUGACUACUUCCGUGGUGAGGAAUCCACGUCUUCAGCUAACAAGUGUAUGCUGAAGUUGGCCCAGUAUGCAGCUCAGCUGGAACACUAUGACAAGGCCAUACAGAUUUAUGAACAGAUAGCAAAAUCAUCCCUAGACAACAGCUUGUUGAAAUACAGCGCCAAGGAAUACAUGUUCCGUGCUGCUCUGUGCCAUCUCUGUGUGGACAUAUUGAACGCUCAGCACGCCGUCGAGAAGUACUGUGGGCUUUACCCUGCCUUUGCCGAUACCCGGGAAUGCAAGCUAAUUAAGGAAUUGAUUGAACACCUGGAAGAGCAGAACAUGGAUGCGUUCACCGAAGCUGUAAAAACCUACGACAGCAUAUCCCGACUCGACCAAUGGUACACUACUAUACUCGUUCGCAUCAAGAAGCAGAUUAACGACAACCCUGACCUCCGUUGA